UAAUUUGUCCAACCCUCCGUCGGACCUUGAGCAAGGGCAACUCAGGUUUAGCGUCAGGUUUUUUUUUUCUUCUCUCUCUCUCUCUAUCUCAAUUUUUUUUCCACCAGCCCUGAAAGAUGACAUUAAAAUCCAAUAAAAACGAACCUGCUGUCACUCUGGAGCGGGUCAACAGCGUUCGCACAGCACUCUCUGAUCUGUACCUGGAACAACUUCUACAAAACAAACUCAAGUCAGAGAAGGUGGUGAUGCAGACCAGCGAGGCGAAAGGGAACGUGUUUUACAGCAAUGGCGGAGCGGGCCUCCCCAACGGCAGAGAAGCUUCUAGAAUGCGCGAGGUGGCCUUCGAGAAGAACCCCUCGCAACCUCUGGGAGUGACCCUGAAAAUGAACGAGAAACAGAGGUGUACCGUUGCCAGGAUCCUUCAUGGAGGGAUGAUCCAUAGACAAGGCUCUUUACACGAAGGCGACGAAAUCACAGAGAUAAACGGAGAGAGCGUCACGAACCAGAGCGUGGACCAGCUGCAAAAAAUACUGAAAGACACAAACGGCGUCGUCACUCUGAAGGUCAUCCCUCAUCAGAAAAGUCAACCUCCUACCUGUGAGAUGUUCAUGAGAGCCCAGUUUGAUUACGAUCCCGCCAAAGACGACCUCAUUCCCUGUAAAGAAGCCGGACUCAAAUUCCAAACCGGAGACGUCAUUCAGAUCAUCAACAAGAAGGAUCCGAACUGGUGGCAAGGGCGGGUGGACAGCUCCACCACAGACUUUGCGGGGCUCAUACCGUCCCCCGAGUUACAGGAAUGGCGAGUGGCCAGCAAGAGCAAAUCGAGUGGAGAGGUCAGUCAGUCCUGCAGUCCCUUCGGCAAGAAGAGGAAGUGCAAAGACAAGUACCUGGCCAAACACAGCUCCAUUUUUGAUCAGCUGGACGUCAUCUCUUACGAGGAGGUCAUACAGCUUCCUGCGUUCAGCAGAAAAACACUGAUCCUCAUCGGUGCGCCUGGUGUGGGGAGGAGUCAUAUUAAAAAUUCCUUACUUGCCAAAUACCCAGAGAAGUUUGCCUACCCAAUACCCCACACGACCAGACCGCCCAGGAAGGACGAAGAGAACGGCCUGGAAUACUUCUUCAUCUCCAACGACACAAUGACCAAGUGCAUCUUGGGAAACGAGCUGCUGGAGUACGGCAGUUUCCAGGGCAACAUGUUCGGCACUAAGAUCGAGACCAUCCAGAAGAUUCACGAGUCGGGCAAAAUCGCCGUGCUGGACAUCGAACCACAGACUUUGAAGCUGCUUAGAACAGCAGAAUUUGCCCCCCUGGUGAUUUUUAUUGCCCCAACUGAUGCUCCAAACCAGUCGGAGGCGGUGCAGGCCAUCAAGAAAGAGUCGGACGCCAUCUUCGCCGCGUACCGUCACUUCUUCGACGUCGUUCUCAUCAACAACGACGUAGAUGAGAGCGUGAAGGGUGUGGAGGAGGCCAUGGAGAGGGCCAGCUCCACCCCGCAGUGGGUACCCGUGUCCUGGGUCUACUGAUCUCCCCAUUCCACACCCACCCGGCCCCUCCACCCUAAACUCCACAACUACCCCCACUCCCGCCACGCUGAACCAGGGGUGAAGCAGCGUAUCAAGCCAUGAGACAUCGCCGCACCAGCCGUGGUCGACGGCGCGGUUGCCAUUGACAACGUUUUGCACACGCGCGCGUUUGCUAGGUUCUUUGAAAAACCGACACGAAAUAAAAACGAAUAUAAGAAUGUUAAGCAAUACAUCAUUUUGUUUUCUCCAUGUCAGAAGCGAAUGAUUUUUUUUUGUUUGUUUCUUCGUUUGUUUAUGUUUUUUUUUUUUUUCCAAAUCCUAAUGCAGUGGUUAAAGAUUUUUAAACCGCAGAGGGCAUUGCGGGGUACAGCUGUGUGCAAAUGGCUGUCCUCGAUGUUUUCUCACCUCCAGUCAUGGAAACCCAAUCAGACCAUACAUUCUCACGAUAGCACAGUACUGUAACAUUUAAUUCAACUUGUCUACCUAAUGCUGUGUCCCUUGGCUUCGUGCGCUGGGUAUGUUGGUGCUAAGCAUUAAACAAAGUAUAAAACUCUACCUGGUCCCCAUCACUGGAUCUGAGAAACGCGGUGUCGCGGAAUUGUAGACGAACGUUAGCGAUGCAAAGAUGACCACUACUGUGAUACCAAAUAACCAGUGAGCAUAUGAGGAGCUGAUUACUUUGAUUCAUCCUGUCUGUGUAUAUUGUGUAGUUGUGUUUUUUUUCUUUUUGUCUUCGAGUGCCAUCAAAUUCAUAUUAAACUGUGUGUUUGGUAAAAGUGUGAAAUGCAGGGAAAUCUUAUCAUCCCCGAGAUUAAUGUCAACUUGAACCAGCGUUUUUAGUCACGCCAUCUGUAUGUUCCGUCUUCAUCGUGUUUGCAUGGAUAUAUACCUCACAAUACGAUGUAAAGGCACUCUCCAACUCUUCUGAUUAAACCAUCUCCCCACAAA